AAACGUUCAAGCGCGACACUGACACCGAUAAUGGACGUUGGUACCACCAUGCGUCGAACGUCCGAGACUAAAAAGUUCAUUCCAUCGUGUAGGAGACGCUUGCCAAUUUUAGGGUGUCGAACGCUGUAAACAACGUUGGAAGCAUUCUGUGGGACCCGCAUUAUUUGAAGUGAUGUUAGGUUGGCACAUUGGCAGACCGUUGACAGCUAACAGCUGUUUGACAAUGAAGUUUGGUCAUUUUGGUUAUCAUUAUUUUUUGUUGUUCUAUAAUUUUAAAAAAAAUUUUAAGAAAUAAUAUUUUUAAAAAUACCUAGAUUGUAGCCACACAUCCAGCGAAGGUUAGGAGGUUAAUAGGAGCACCAUGGAAUUUUAUAGGCAUUUCACGAUUUCUACUACUAAAAAAAUACUAUGUAAAGCAUAAAUACGAUUAAUACACUGCGGCUCAAGCACAAGUUUUUAUUUACAAAUAUCAUUGGGAAACAGGUUUUAUAAACAUACUUGAUACAUUUCUUUAAUGAAUGAUGUGCUACCUAACUACAUUUUGUACUCAGUUUCAUAUUACUGUUUAUUUUGCAGAAAAAAUGCUAAGUAAUCAUCUUGCCUUACCAAGUACAAGUUACAGUGAUCAGCAAUCUAACUCUGAGCUGGAAUUUUUGAGAGCCACCAAUAGAGAGUUAAGUGAAACCCUAGCAAGUGCUAGGCAAGACUUGGCUAUUGCGCACGAAAAUACAAAUUGCUUGAAGACAAAAUAUUUAAAUUUACAUGUGAAAUACAGCAGAUUAGAGAACUUGGUGAAAGCAAACUUGAGUGAGUUCUCAAAUUUUUUAAGUGAACCUAGACCACAACAUGAACAGACACGAAGGAACAGCAGGAAUCAUUCUUUAGGUCCCUUAAAACCACAUUCACAAAAAACAAUAAAAACCCAAUUGGUGUUCCCUACAGUUAAUGGACAUGUCAUCCAGGUACCUAGGAUAACAUUGAAUAGAUUUGAUGACAUGGAGUGGGAUUCUAAUAGAAGUCCAAGUGGUAGCAAUACAAGUCUUGCACCAAGUGUACCAGAGGCUCAAAAUAACUUCAGUGAUGGCGACACUGAUGAGGGCUCUGGUAAUACAGAUGCUGAAGCGUACAUAUCCGGAUUGAUCUCCGCACAAGAAAAUAUUACAGACGGACCGAAUGCACCUAUUCCUGAUAAUAUGGAAAAUAUGAGAAUCGUUUUGGAACGUUUGCCUGCGAAUCUUUCUUUGGGUCAUGUGACAGAACAACUGAGUAAUUCAGAUAUAAAUGAAUCUUCAGAAAGUUCGCCUCCAAAUGCUGCGAGGGACAGGGUGUCACAGCCAACAAAUACUUUAUUGUUGGAGAUGGUCGAUACUACUACAGAAACAGAUCAAAGUGCUUCAGGUUCUCACUUGAAUAGUACUGUCAGGGGUAGCAGGGAAUUUUCUUCUAUUUCACAGCUUACAGCAAUUAGAAUGCUUGGCUUAGAGUUGUCUUCAUCUGUCCCAAAAUCGCCGGCAUCUACAAUACGAAGACGGCCUAAAUCCGGAAGGAAGUCGUCUCCAACAACAGCUUCAACUCAGCAGAAACGCAGAAGGAAGCGGCAGUUGAACUCGAAAACUUCAAGCCCAACUAUAAGGAGAAAGCGCAGUGAUGAUAAGAUUGUGAUGGUACUCCUGGACCGGAAACAGAUGAGUAAGCUGCUGAUGCUUCGUAACCCUGUCGUAAGACUUCGAAGAAUGUUCGAUAAUAAAACAGAGUCAAAAUCACUGAGGAAACAGAGUGCAGAUACAUCUAAUGGCGUCGAUUCUAGAACUACUCUAAGCAGCGAGUUUGGUUCCCAAACAAAGGGAUUGAGGAAGAAAACAAGGAAUAAUGCAAAUGAUGUCGUUUCUGAAGAUUUCAUAAAAAGAAAUCUGAGCGUGAAGGUCACUAAGCUGACGUCGCUGGAGUGAAUAGCCACAUAAGAUGCGGUUACGAUUGUUUGCAUUUCAACACUACCCUGAUUUUUCUUUAUACGGAUUUAUCAAAUAUUUAAACUUGUGUAUUCAUGAAAGUAUUAUAGAUGGUUACAGCAAUAUGUAUUAUGGUAUUUUUUGGAAAGGAAUUUGUUUUAUUUGUGUUCGCCAAAAUAUAAAAAUGAAAAAACCUUCCUAA